GUUCUCACCCCAGCUAUUUGAAGAUGCUGAGUUCCCUGUAACCAUCCUGAUCACAAAAAAAUGCAAGCAAAGAUAAACUUUCCAUGUAUUGUGCUGUGAUCUUUAGAAGGUAUCCAUCACUAAUACUAUACUGUGCUGAAGAUGUCUAACAGCAACACCACACAGGAGACACUGGAGAUAAUGAAAGAAUCAGAAAAGAGAUUGGUUGAGGAAUCUUUGAACAAAACCAAAUUUGUAUCCAGGUCACCAAGCAAAGAGGAGCCUGAGAAGGACGGGGAGGAGAGCAGUGUACGGCAAGAAUCUCAGAGGAGAACAUCCAAUCAUGGACAUGCUAGAAAAAGAGCUAAGUCAAAUUCGAAACUGAAAUUAGUGAGGAGCCUGGCUGUAUGUGAAGAAUCCUCUAGUCCCUUUGUGGAUGGGCCUUUGGAAACUCAAGAUAUCAUACAUUUGCACAUCAGUUGCCCAUCUGACAAGGAAGAUGACAAAUCUGCAAAAGAUGGUCCCGAAAAAGAAGAAAAAGAGAAAAACAAAGAGAAGGCCCCCAAGAAAAUGUUGUCUAGAGAUUCCAGCCAGGAAUACACAGACUCCACUGGAAUAGAUUUGCAUGAAUUUUUAGUAAAUACACUGAAGAAAAAUCCAAGGGAUAGGAUGAUGCUGCUAAAAUUAGAACAGGAGAUCCUGGAAUUUAUUAAUGAUAACAACAAUCAGUUUAAGAAGUUUCCUCAGAUGACCUCAUACCACAGAAUGCUUCUACACCGGGUGGCUGCCUAUUUUGGCAUGGACCACAACGUAGACCAAACGGGGAAAGCUGUCAUUAUCAACAAGACCGGCAACACAAGAAUCCCUGAGCAGAGGUUCUCUGAACACAUCAAAGAUGAGAAGAACACUGAUUUUCCACAGAGGUUUAUCCUCAAGCGAGAUGAUACCAGCAUUGAUCGAGAUGAUAAUCAGAUUAGGAUCCCGCUGCAAGAUGGACGAAGGAGCAAAUCUAUAGAAGAACGAGAGGAGGAAUAUCAGAGGGUUAGGGAACGCAUAUUUGCACGGGAGUCGGGCCAAAAUGGAUUCCUGAAUGAAAGCAGACUCGCCAAAGAAGGCUUUUCUUCUAGCUCUCACAAAAGGCGACAGAUCUUUAGGAGUAACCGAGAUGGGCUUAGCCGGGCUUCAGGCAGCCGCCAGAGCAGCACAGAGAGUGAUAUGAAAUCCCUGGAGCCCCGACCGUGGAGUAGCACCGACUCCGAUGGCUCGACGCGCAAUCUGCGGCCUCCGGUUACCAAAGCCAGCAGCUUCAGUGGCAUUUCCAUCUUGACUCGAGGAGACAGCAUUGGUGGCAUUGGCAAAGGGAAUGGCGCCAACAGGACUGCCAGGCCAGGUCUCUCUCUAAGUACUCCUGAAGCCUGCAGUCAAGUCUCCUCUGUGCAGCCUGGCCGAAGCCUCUUGCCAUGUGCCGCUCCGCAACUGCAGCAGCAGCCGCUUCCAGCCACACCGCAGCAACAGCCAGCAAUGACUAAUCACAUCAUAUCACAGCCGGUCCCAGCAUUGCAGUCCUCUCCGCAGCCAGUUCAGUACUCUCCAAGCUCCUGUCCCCAAGUCCUCCUGCCAGUCUCUCCACCCCAGCAGUACAAUAUGGCUGAUGAGCUCAGCAACCCCUUUGGACAGAUCAGCCUCAGCCGCCAAGGAUCCAGUGAAGCCCCUGAUCCGUCCUCCGCCAUGUUCCAGCAGCCAAUCAUGUCCCAGCAUCCUCAGCAGACAGGAUUCAUCAUGGCUUCCCCAGGACAGCCAAUCACUGCCUCCAACUACUCUGCCUCAGGGCACACGGCGCCAGCCCAGCAGGUCCUCCAACCCCAGAGCUAUAUGCAGCCUCCCCAGCAAAUUCAGGUUUCUUACUACCCUCCUGGGCAAUAUCCAAACUCCAGCCAGCAGUACCGGCCUCUCUCGCAUCCGGUGGCUUACAGCCCCCAGCGCAGCCAACAGCUGCCUCAACAGUCCCAGCAGCCUGGAUUACAGCCAAUCCUGUCCAAUCAGCAACAGACAUACCAAGGCAUGAUGGGAGUGCAGCAACCCCAGGGCCAGAGUCUCCUCAGCAACCAGCGCAGUGGCAUGGGUAGCCAGAUGCAGAGCAUGAUGGGAGUGCAGCAGUCCCAAAACCAGAGCCUCUUGAACAGCCAACGAGGAAACAUGGGCACUCAGAUGCAAGGCUUGAUGGUCCAGUACACUCCCUUGCCUUCAUAUCAAGUACCCGUGGCGAAUGACUCUCAAGGUGUAGUCCAACAACCCUUUCAGCAGCCCGUCUUGGUACCAGCUAACCAGUCUGUGCAAGGAGGGCUCCAGGCCGGAGGGAUGCCAGUCUAUUACAGUGUUAUCCCCCCAGCCCAGCAGAACGGCACCAGCCCUUCUGUUGGCUUCUUGCAGCCUCCAGGAACAGAGCAGUACCAGAUGCCCCAAUCCCCUUCUCCUUGCAGCCCACCCCAGAUGCAGCAACAGUAUUCAGGGGUGUCUCCGGCAGGGCCUGGCGUUGUGGUCAUGCAACUCAACGUGCCCAAUGGCCCCCAGCCCCCUCAGAAUUCAUCCAUGGUACAAUGGAACCACUGCAAGUACUACAGUUUAGACCAGCGAAGUCAGAAGCCUGGCGACAUCUAUAACCCAGAUACCAGCGCUCAGGCCAGCAGCACCCAGCUGAACAGCCCUAUCACAUCCCCUACACAGUCCCCUACACCAUCACCCGUUACCAGCCUCAACAGUGUCUGCACAGGUCUCAGUCCCCUUCCGGUGCUCACACAGUUCCCCCGGCCUGUGGGCCCAGCACAAGGUGAUGGGCGCUAUUCCUUGUUGGGCCAGCCGCUGCAGUACAAUCUCUCCAUUUGCCCCCCACCUCUCUUGCACAACCAGUCCAGCUAUACAGCACACCAGGCACAAACAGGGAUGAAGCAUGGCAACCGAAGUAAGAAGCAAGCUCUCAAGUCAGCAUCCACAGAUCUUGGGACAAGUGAUGUAGUGCUGGGCCGCAUCUUGGAAGUUACCGACCUGCCCGAAGGGAUCACGCGUACCGAAGCCGACAAGCUCUUCACCCAGUUAGCCAUGUCUGGUGCCAAAAUCCAGUGGCUGAAAGAAACUCAGGGGCGUCCUGGGGGCGGGGGCGACAAUAACCACGGGACUGCAGAGAACGGCAGGCAUUCUGACCUUGCUGCCUUAUACACCAUCGUGGCCGUCUUCCCCAGCCCUUUGGCAGCCCAAAACGCAUCCCUGCAUCUCAACAACUCUCUUAACUGCUUCAAGUUGCGUAUGGCCAAAAAGAACUACGACCUGCGUGUGCUGGAGCGUGCCAGCUCCCAAUAGGGGCAGACAGAGGGGCAGGGAGGGGUGGGGGGGCAACAAGCACAUUGGACUGGCAUCUCCAGCCUCGCCCCCCCCCUCUCCAAAGGCCCCUAGACCAGCCUCCUUUAGUUCCACAUGCGCCUCCCCCUUCUUUCUUCCCCCCCCCCCUUUUUUUAAUUUGGGUGGUAGAAGGGGUAAUUUCCUGGAGAUAUUUAUAUGGACAAAAUGAAGAGAAAGAGACAUUGAUUUGUUUUUUUUUUUUUUGUUGGCGGGAGGGGGGGGGCUUCUGUUUUUUUUAAUUAUUUUUGUGUGGAGGAACAUGUCAUGCCCUUUGCCCCCUCUACGGAACACGUGUAUAUUGUUUUGUUCAGCGUUGUGCCGCGGUACGGAGCCGUAUUUAAUUGCACAUAACAGAUGUUGGCUGGGUAUAUUCACUGUACAUUUUAUUUAAUCUGGGUUUAUUAUUAUUAAUAUUAUUAUUUGGUUUUUAAAUAUAAAAGAAUCGUCUGUCACUUUAAA